UGGGGAUUGAAGUUAUUUUUAAUAUAUUUAAAUACAAAAAACGUGUGUAGUGUUUUGAGGAUUCAAGAUUAUUUUGUGAAUCUACAGUAUAGUGGUCUUGAGGUGAUACGGGGAGUUGAGUUCAGACAAGUUAAAACUCCAAACAUAUAUAUAAAUGUACAUAUAAAUGCCUUUUAAAAAUCUUUUCCCUUCCGCGUAAAUUUUUUUCUACUAACUGAUUUUGUUUCGAUGGCAAUUAACAUAUCUUAAUUAAAGUAUGAUUUCACAAUCGUCUUGAAGAGGUGGUCGUCAGUAUAGUCAAAUCUGGAAGAAAGGAAAAAAACAACCCACGAUUCUUUUCAUCUCCAGCGGCCUGAUAUCUUUGACAUUUGCGUCUAUUUGUUUUGUUUUUUUUGUUGUUGUUGCAUGUGAUAUGGAAAUAUUACCUGAUUGUAUUAUCAAAUAUUCAAAAUAUCUACAUGUACAGGUUUAAUUUUCAAUCAAAUUGAUUGAAAGAGAGUGAUUGAGAGAGAAAGUUUCCUAAAUUGAAUUGUAUGUUUGAUAGAAGUUUGGUUGGUGCGGAGUUUUACCGGAAUUCUCCCCUGGGUGGGGAGGUGACGGAAAGCGCCACAGAUCUGAAGAGGAGCGACGGACCGUCUAGAUUUCGACAGAAUUUUGAUUGCUGUCAUCAGGUUCCGUUGGAGGGUUGUUCACAAGAGAAAUGGGCUGGCCACAUGACACCAAAUGUGGAUCUCAGUGUGAUCGGCGACACGAAAACUUACCGCACAAGCAGCAAGGAACGGGAGAUAACGCCUGCAGUGUUACGCCUAGAUGUCGCACCACGCCGAGACGACAGAGGGAAUUUCAAUUUUGAACAACAAACCAGAGAAACAAGUGAUCAAUUGCGUAGAAAAUCAUGCUGCACUUCUCGGCACAGUAUAUUUCAUCACGAAAAUCACGGUGCAGAUAAUCUCGCAAAUUCUCGUUCAUUGUGUGAGGCGCGAAAACCAAAAAGGGUGAGAUUUGCUGACGAUAUAGGGUACAAUUUAGAAACCAAGCCUACAUCUAGACAGGAUUACGAAAUCAUCACUAAUCCGGAAAACUGGCCUAUAUUUGAAAACGAGGCAGACUGUGAAGGUCCUGAAGUAUUUUGCACAUAUUUUGGAAACAGAGAUAAUGCUACGUCUGCAGUGCCUAGCUAUAAUUAUAAAUCUACUUUGCCCAGUCCUUCCAUUAGAAUGCACGAUAACAACCAGGGCAUAGACAGGAACCAGAAUCACCACGUUCCUCAAGACUCCAUCUUUAGUAAUUAUCAUUCCCCAAUACAAGAAGGGUUUGCAACAGCCGAAAAAGAUGUCACUUCUUGUGCCGUCAGAAAACACUCGCAUUCUAUGAUUGCCACAAAAGUUAUGUCGGGUAUGAAAAUCAUAAAAGGGGAAAUGAAACAAAUGGUUGCAAAAUUCCCGAGGAUUCCGAAAACUCUUUCUAUGUCGCACCUGAGUGACGUCCGCCGCACUAUCAACGGUACAUCAAACAUGAGCGAAAAUUCCGGAAAAUCGGAUCUGCAGAAAAGGUAA